AUGGCGGCGCCGCCCGCCUCCUCCUGCCGCCGCACAACCCCGCUGCGCCUGAGAGAGCUGGCCUACAUCCUAAAGUUGGAGGCAGAUGGACGGAACCUGGAAGAGGAAAUUCGAAAGAAAGAGGCCCUCCUCAGAGAGAAGCUGAGGAGAACAAAGGAGGAGCUUAGGAGGAUUCAAAGAGAGAAGGAGCUUGUCGAGGCAGAGGAGAGAAGAGACAGAGAAGUGGAGAGGACCCAUGAGCAAAAGGCCACAAGGCGCCCCGAAGAGAAAACUUUCAGAGUUGCAGUCAGGCCAGGUGAUGGUGGGGGGGUCUUUGGUGGGGCGCAGUCUGCAGAGGCCACUAUCCCCAAACCUGGCACCACCCUCCACUCCCAAGAGCUGGCUAUGGGGAAACUCAAGAAGGAGCGGCUGGUGGCCAGCAACAGCAAAAUUCGAGACCGAGAUUCUGGUGACCACCCGUCCACAGAGGUGCUGUACAUGCAGGCUGCCAGUGCUGUGGAGCCGGGGGGGCUUGGACAGUGCAGCUUCUGCGGACGUAAGUUUCUCUACACCAGGCUUGAGAAGCACAUGAGUGUCUGCGGCAAGAGCCAAGGCUCCAAGAGGAAAGUGUUUGACUCCAGCAGGGCCAGAGCUAGGGGCACAGAACUGGAACAAUAUCAGCAGCGAAAGAGCUCAGAGAGGCCUCAGCCACCCAGAAGGAACAACUGGAGACAGAAGCACGAGGUUUUCAUCCAGACCCUGCGCCAGGCCCGCCAGGUGCAGCAGGUCCUCUCCAGGGGAGGGAAGGUGUCUGACCUGCCCCCGUUGCCCUCCAUCGAAAACCCAGACUACGUGGCCUGCCCCUACUGCCGACGCCGAUUUGCUCCCCAAGCAGCUGAGAGACACAUUCCCAAAUGCAAAACCAUCAAGAGUAGGCCCCCACCCCCACCGCAGAGGAGGCGCUGCUGA